GAAGGCGGUUCCCAUUCCCGCCGUGCGAGAGCGCCCAGCUCGGUGUGUGCGGGGCUGGCCGCGGCGGGGUGGCCAUGGCCUCCAUGGCGGCGGCAAUCGCCGCCUCCCGUACGGCGGUGAUGAACGGCAACCGGCCGCUGGACGAGCGGGAGCGCAAGCGGUUCAGCUACUUCUCCUCGCUGAGCCCUAUGGCACGGAAGAUCAUGGCGGAGAAGGAGCGGAUCCGCGAGCGCUACGGCCCGGAGUGGGAGCGGCUGCCGCCCCGCCAGCAGGACGAGAUCAUCGACAAGUGCCUGGUGGAGCCGCACAUUCAGGCCCGCUACGCCGCCCACCGCGGUGCCUCCCGGCCCGCCGCGCCGCCCGCCUCCUACCCCAGCCUCCGCCUCAACACGGGACAGAAGGUGGUGCACUUCGGCGACGAGGACAUAACUUGGCAAGAUGAACACUCGGCUCCGUUCUCCUGGGAAACAAAGAGUCAGAUGGAGUUCAGCGUUGCAUCUCUAUCCAUACAAGAGCAAGGUGGUGCCCAGUUGCAAAAUGAACAGAGGCAGCCUGUUAAAGCAGCAUCUGGUAUCCAAGUCCCUAAAUCUUCUCAGGCCAAUAAGAACCCCAUCUCAGAUGGGUUGAUAGCAUCCAGAAAGGAAGAGGAGUCCUCUUUCUGGAAGAUAAAUGCAGAGCGCUCAAAGUUUGAAGGAGACAAGUCUGAGUUCCAGUCCCUGACCCCCAGCCAGAUCAAGUCCAUGGAGAAAGGAGAGAAACCCCUUCCCUCCUUUUACAGACAAGAGUCUACUCCAAAGGAGAUGGCAAAAGCUGAGAAGCCCAGCGUAACUAAACCAGAGAAGUCUGUUACCCCCAGCCUACCUGCUGUAUCUCUCGAAUGGGAGAAACCUCGACCCACUCAACUCCCUGCUAGUUCUCUAGAUGAAUUCUUUCUUCCUGAUCCAUCACAGGACCUGGCAUCUUCUAGGACAAACAAGGAAGAUACCGAUGGUACUAUACUUACAGAUGCACAAAUGCCUGGACAGACGAGUACAAGCAACAUUAUCUUGAAGACUGGGUUUGAUUUUCUAGACAACUGGUAAAAGAUACUUCACAACAGAGCAAACCAAUUUUGGGGAAGGAGUGGAAUUACCUUUUCUCCUUGUAUGUUAAUUUACUAGCAUUUGUGUCUUUUCUAGAAGUAACUUUCAGACUCUUAAAUGUUGCCUUUGUAUAAACUUUUGUAAUACUGUAAGUGGUUUUGGUUUUUAAACAGUGAUAGAAGUGUGGUUUCAUUUGGGUAUUUCUUUUAAUAUCUGUUAACAUUUUUGGUAGCUACUGUAUCAAGAGGGUGGGAGAAAUUACCAUACAUGUGUGAAAUUAAAAACAAAGGAGAGUCUCCAUAUCCUAGAAAUGGAACCUACUGGACCAGGUUGCUAUUCUCAACUGAAACCUUGCUAGCAUGGCUUGUAAGAAAUAGCAUUGCACAUGCAAUGGUUCCAAGUAAGCAAAUAGUUCCUUCCUUCAGAUAACUAGCAAAAAAACAGUAUGGAAAAUAUGCAUACAGAAGAAUUCCAUUGAUUUCUGUGUUUCAUUUAGUUUGACAGUAACUUUUGUACCACUUAUUCGAAAACACUGUUCUUUUGAAGAGGGCAAAGGCAUUGCCAAAAUGAUGGAUCCAGAGAAGCACUUGUGUUUGUAUCCUACAAAUCUGCUAAAAUAACCUGAGAGCGUUAGAAAAAGGACCUGGGGAAUUUACAAGUAUUUCUGGUCUUUGGAUUAAAGACUUGGGGGUGUGUGGAGGAGAAUGGGCCAACACCUCAUGAAUGGGAGAAACCGUCUUCAGGGAACACAAGCCUAAGGAUUUCACUGCCUCCAUAACUCUUCAUAGUAGCAGUGCUGGAAGUACAGCACUGGGAAUUGCUGGAGUAUGGAUCACCUCUCUCAGGAAACCACUAUGUUCAUGAGAGGUCACAGCAGUGUAAGGCUUCUUUGAUUUUUAAAGCAGCUUAUCGUCUCAAGGACUCAUCAACUUUGGUGCUUUUUUCUCCUCCUUGGUGGGUACGUUCUUUUCGGUGUUCAGCAUCUGGGUUACGUUUGUUCCCGAGGUGCAGAGAGGCAUCUCAAGGUGGCCCUCAGCAGACCUGCUUCUCAUUCUGCUUUCGAAUGACCUUUGUUUGGUGUUUAAAAUGUAGAGAACAAGAGUAGCUGUCGUUUGAACCUGUCGUCUCUGAAAUGCAGCAUGAUUUACACACUGACUCUCACUGUGUUUACCUCACCUUGAAGCCUUAACUCCCCCUACACGCAGCCAGUGGCUGCUCUACUCCAAUGCCAAAGGUUUGACCUUUCCCUUUACCUCAGCAAUAGUCCCAUAGCAUUUGUUUGGGGUAGAAGGCAAAACGUAGGGCUCUAAUGGGUCUAAAGGGUCCCAGCCAAGGCUGUAAGAAGGUCACCAUCUCCUAGGCCGUAACUGUGCUAGGCUUCUCAUGGAUCAGCACUUGACAUUUGGUUCAGUGCCAGGGGCAGUUCAAUGUGCAGAACUGGAUGCUGCAGGAUUUUCCUCUCCUGUCACAGGAAGAGCUGGGAGUUGUCCCAGAAGAACCCCUGACUAUCUAAUUAGUGUGAUGCUUGCAGGGGAUGCUGACAGAGCAUUAAAACUUCUUUCCCUUUCAAGGGAAACGCUUGUAAGCUGCCCCCUUCCCCCCACCUCCAAGUGUGCUACAAAAAAUAGAACCACCAAGCCCUAAACCUCCAGUUUUUCUAGCAUUUUCUUAAAAGUUUUCUUAGCUAAAGGAGAAGAUUGCCAGAGUGCAAGUCAUUGUGUAGCCUUAUUUAUAGACUUCUGAAAGCUUCUUUGUAAGCUUCCUGAGAUGUACAAACUCCUGCAGUUUGUGGAUAUUGUCUCUGCAUUCAGCACUUCAGAAAAUAGUUGGUUUUUCUACCAGCUUGGACUUUACUGCUAGUUUUUUUCUUAGCUGACCUUUUUUAGCAUUUGCUCCAGGCAUCCAGCAGUAAUACAGCUUAGAACAACUUGAGCACAAAUUCUUCAGGUGUAGAAUUAGUAUUGACUUGCACCUUCUUUCCAAAGCUGACAAAUGUUAACCCUGGGUGCUACAGUCCCCAGUGAAUCUAAUUUUCUGUACAUCCAGCUGCUGAAAAGUUACAAAUCCAGUGUGAAGUUGCACUUUCUAAUCUUACUUUGAUAUGGGGAGAUCUGAAAGCAAAGUCUCCUACUGUUGAGGAGUGUUAUUUUAAACCUCUGCUAAAUACCUUAAAGCUUCUUAGGGAAGAACCUGGGCUGCCUGUCUCUUCCAUCAGCUAACUCGACCCUAGUACACAUUGGGACCAGCUGGUAGAACAUGCUGCAGAACUUUUUACUUAUCCUGGUAGGUUUUUUCUGUGCUUUGACAAGAGUUGAUGCUCCUUCUUUCUUUAAUAUGUUUUUAUUAAACAUUCUUACAGGAAAAAAAAAAAUUGUACUUGGCCACAUUUUAUAUUAACAAUGUUUUAAUAAAGUCACUUUAAAUACAA